GAGGGAGUCUGGCUCAACAAGAGGCCGCGCGGUUGGCUGGCGGCAUGAGGCCGAGGAGGAGGGCGGAGGCGGAGGGGAGGGCAGAGGGUUGGUGGAGCAGGAGGAAGCUACGGACGACGAUUAGGAGAAGGAGGCGGGCGGCCCGGGCCCCAGGCCCCUCCCAGGCUCUGAGUCUCCCGGCUGCAGGCGGAUGGAUGGGGCUUCUUCAGGCGGUGGCGGCAGCAGCGAAGGUGGCGGCGGCAGCAGCGGAAGCGGCUAUGGUGUGGUGGCUCGAUUCUCCCAGUGCCUGGCUGAGUUUCGGACGUGGUUAAGAACCAACUGGUUGAGGUUCAAUGCAGACAAGACGGAUGUGAUGCUGCCAUCUGUUGAGUCUUCAAGUCCAGGAGGUUCAGCAACAUCAGAUGACCAUGAAUUUGAUCCAUCAGCUGACAUGCUGGUUCAUGAUUUUGAUGAUGAACGAACAUUAGAAGAGGAAGAAAUGAUGGAAGGAGAAACAAACUUCAGUUCUGAAAUAGAGGAUCUUGCAAGGGAAGGUGACAUGCCAAUUCAUGAACUUCUCAGCCUUUAUGGUUAUGAUAGUACUGUUCGACUACCUGAAGAAGAUGAGGAAGAAGAAGAAGAGGAAGAAGAAGGUGAAGAUGAUGAGGAUGCUGAUAAUGAUGACAACAGUGGCUGUAGUGGGGAAAAUAAAGAAGAGAAUAUAAAGGAUUCAUCGGGUCAAGAGGAUGAAACUCAGUCUUCCAAUGGUGAUCCAUCACAAUCUGUUGCUUCUCAAGAUGCCCAGGAAAUAAUCCGCCCACGUCGAUGUAAAUAUUUUGAUACAAAUAGUGAAAUAGAAGAAGAAUCCGAAGAAGAUGAAGAUUAUAUUCCAUCAGAAGACUGGAAAAAGGAGAUUAUGGUGGGCUCCAUGUUUCAAGCAGAGAUUCCAGUUGGCAUUUGUAGAUACAGAGAAAAUGAAAAAGUAUAUGAAAAUGAUGAUCAACUCCUAUGGGAUCCUGAGUACUUACCAGAAGAUAAGGUGGUUGUAUUUCUUAAGGAUGCAUCUAGAAGAACAGGUGAUGAGAAAGGUGUAGAAGCAAUUCCUGAAGGAUCUCACAUAAAAGACAACGAACAGGCUUUAUAUGAAUUAGUUAAAUGCAGUUUUGAUACAGAAGAGGCAUUGAGAAGAUUAAGAUUUAAUGUGAAAGCAGCUAGAGAGGAAUUAUCUGUUUGGACAGAGGAAGAGUGUAGAAAUUUUGAACAAGGACUGAAGGCCUAUGGAAAGGAUUUUCAUUUGAUUCAGGCUAAUAAAGUCCGAACAAGGUCAGUUGGUGAAUGUGUAGCAUUCUAUUACAUGUGGAAAAAAUCUGAACGUUAUGAUUUCUUUGCUCAGCAAACGCGAUUUGGAAAAAAGAAAUAUAAUCUUCAUCCUGGUGUAACGGAUUACAUGGAUCGUCUUCUAGAUGAAAGUGAAAGUGCUGCUUCUAGUCGAGCACCAUCCCCUCCUCCAACUGCAUCCAACAGUAGUAACAGCCAAUCUGAGAAAGAAGAUGGUACUAUAAGCAGUAGUAAUCAGAACGGAGUGUCAUCUAAUGGACCAGGUGAAAUAGUAAAUAAAGAAGAAGAAAAAGUUGAAGGGUUACAUGUUAAUGGACCAACAGGUGGAAAUAAGAAAACACUUCACACAGAUAUGGAUACUAAUGGUUAUGAAACGGAUAACCUUACCACUGACCCAAAACUUGCCCAUAUGACUGCAAGAAAUGAAAAUGAUUUUGAUGAAAAAAGUGAGAGACCUGCCAAAAGGCGAAGGGUGAACAGCAAUGGAAAAGAAAGUCCAGGUUCUUCUGAAUUUUUCCAAGAAGCAAUCUCACAUGGAAAAUUUGAUGAACUUGAAAACACAGAUGACUAAAUUUUAGAUCUAUUUUACUUUCUUUGGAGUAAAUUCUGGUGUGACUAAAAUUUUCAGGGUUGAUGGGUUACCUUAAAAAGUUGAUUUCCUUGAAGCAGUUGGUUAAAAUUUGAAAAUUUAAAUUGAGAGUCCUAUAGGAAAUAAGAUUUCAUAAUUCUGCCUUUUGCAGAUUUUUUUUACUUUAAAAUUGUCAGAGACCCUUUUAAGGAUAUAAAAAAGCUUAGUAAAUUUGAGUCAGCUAAAGAUUUAUCUGCUUAUCUGUACUUUCUCAUUUGAUGUAUUAAUUAUAAAUUUUCACUAUAUGGUAAUUUUUGCUUAGUUUGAUGGAGGAAUGGGAAAAACCAAGUUCAGUUUUGUGAAUGACAAAUUUUUUAGUUUCUUGAAAUGUCUUUAUAACAGACAUUUUUGUCUCCAUACAAAUGGUCAUUAUUAAGGAAACCCUUAUAAAUCCUGAAAGUUAUGCUAGCAUGAUUUUUUUAUAUAUAGAAGUUUAAAAAUAAACCAGGUCAGGUUUGUAUAUGUAAAAUUGUUGACAUCAAUGAUGUCUUUCCAUAUUCUUAUCUGGGCUUAAGAAAUACAUUCUGUAUUUUUCCAGAUUCUUUGUAGCCUUUGAAAGAUUUUUACAGUACAUAUGUCUUGACUGAGCUGUCCUUUCUUAAUACAAAAGCUUGUAUAAUUUUCUUAACUUGUACAGUUGGUAAACUUUUAUGAGAGGAAUUGAUAUUCUCAGUGUGUCAGCUUCAUUUUAUUUUGCUAAGGCUUUUCUAAUGAAUUUUUAAGUGUCUGUGUAGUAAUAAGUCAUGUUUCUUAUCCAGGUGGUAAAAGCAUUCAUAAGGGAUUGUGAAAAUUUGCUUUUUCAAAUUUCUACUUAAGGACAAAUAUUUUGAGAAUUCUGAAAUUAAGCAUGGUGCUUAGAUUGCAGUUUGUUUUGCAUUUGCUAUAAUUUUCAAAAUUAUUUUUGAAGCAAGUCGAAAGUUUUAAUUUUGGCUUAAGUGCUUAAAUGUAUCAUGCUGGCCAGAAUCCUGUUCAGUUAUUUUUAUAUGCAUUAUACAAUUUCCCAUUUUUGCAUUAAAUAGAGGGGAAAAGGUCAAGUGAGGUUUAGAUAUUGGCACACCCAAGAAAUAACUAUUGGCAGGUAACCAUACUGAUUUUAUGAGGAGAAAGUGAUGAAGUUUUCAAACUUUUCCAGUAACAAUCAGUUUUUUAGAUAUGAUGGUGUUUUGUGUUUUUCCAAAAUGAAAAUAUAUAGUAACCAUUGCUCUGUGUGAUUACAAAUAGGAUUAUCUAUCUGCAUAGCUUUGUAAGAGUGCCAUUUUAUUUUUAGUGCAAAAAUCUUUUUUAAAAAUGUGGUUUUAUACAGCUGAUAAACCAACCUAUAUCCAAACUUUUACAAAAGAUUAUUAACUAUUCUUGUUUUUCUCACACAGGCAUACUUUAAAUGCUUCUUCUGAUUAAUUUUCAGCCAUCAGUUCAAGAGCCAAAGCCUUUUAAAAAUAUAUCUCCUGUGGUCUUGUUUUUAAUGGCUCCACUUUCUAAUGCAGUUGAGUAGAGGUUGCACUGGUUAGGCCUUACACUCAUGAAGUGUUAACAUAUAUUCAGACUGCUUCCCUUCACCAAUGUGAACUUUUUUUCCCAAACAGUGUUAAAAGCCACUUUACAACACUUGACUUCAUAUAAUAUACAUUCACUAUUGUUACAUACAUAUCCAAGUAAAUCAAAGUUUUGGGUGAAAGUGUUGAGAAGCAUUUUUUGUUUUUGUUUUGUUUUGUUUUUACUUAAAACAAUUUAUCCAGAAUGGCAGUAGCUUUAGCAGAUGGUCACGAUGCAUUUUCUAAAUCUGAUUUUAUAAAAUGAAUCCAAAGUAUCCUAGCUCUGUCAAAGAUGGUCUAUAGAAAUAUUUCAAAAGAUGAGUGAUGCUGUACUUUUUAAAUUGUUGCAAUAUUAGAGAUGCCAUUUUCACCUUUUUUAAAAGAUGCAUUUUGUUUGCAGGUUUGUAACAUUCUUGCAAACUAUUAUUACAGGAACAUUUUAAGUAAAUUCUCAGGCAUGUUUGCAAAUAUGGCACAUGUAUACAUAUUAGGGAAUUUUUCUUAAUCUUAUAUUUUU